AUGCGGUGCGGGCGCCAACCAAUGGAUGGGGAGAAGAAGCGUGCCGCCGACUUCAAGGCAUCCGCCGACGAGACGAAGAGGCGGCUCGAGGCGGCGCUGCGGGAGCAGCGCGCGCUCGUGCGCCGCCUGGGCGAGGCCGAGGCCGCCGGCGGGGGCGGCGCUGCGGCAGCGGCAGCGGCGAACGCGGCGGCCGCCGCGGCGCGGGACGCCGCGCGGCGGGGGGAGGCGGAGGAGGAGUUCUGGGGGGAGGAGGCGGGGCGGCGGUUUGCGGCGCAGCAGGAGGAGCUGGUGGCGCUCAGGGAGCGGGUGGCGGCUCAGGAGGAGGAGCUGGAGAGGGCCGCGAGCUCUGCCCCCACGGCCGCCACGAGCGCGGCCCGCUACGAGGCGAAGAUUUCACAGCUCACGGCUGCCCUGAGCGCCUCAGAGGCGCGGCUGGCUUGCGGCACGCCCCACCCCGGCGGCAGCGGGGCGGACGGCUGGCCCGGGGGUGACGCGGGGGUCGAGGCGGCAGUUGCUGAGGUGGCGGCGCUGCGGGGGCGGGUGGCUGGGCUGGAGGGGGAGCUGGCGGCGGCGCGGAGGGGGGGCGGCGGGGAUGGCCGCCGCAGCGCAGACGCCGGUGUGGCGGAGGCGCUGCGGCGCGAGCUGACGCGGUACCAGGGCUGGUCCCGGCGACUAUGA